UCCAGAAACACGGCCACUUUACCGCCAUAUUUAGUGAAUGUACUGUCGAAACCUCGGCACUUUAAUCAAAAUGAAUUAUGAAAAUAUGAGUAUGAAAAUGAAAAUAUGAAAAUGAAAUGAUGUCGCUAUGAAAAUAUGAGUUUUAUACUUUUUUUAUUAUUUCUCGUUAAACGCGGUGACGAACAUUUUUAUGAGUGAAACUGUUUAUUUCUGUUCGGUUAAAGUCUGCACUGUAAAAUGGAGUACAGCAGCGCUGUAUCUAAUGUUUUGCUUUUACUCACAUUUUCUGUUCAUCUUUAUGCAGCAGGUCAAGUCAAGAAGCUUUUAUUGUCAUUUCAAUUAUAUAUACCUGAUGCAGUACAUCAUGAAAUGAAACAACGUUUCUCCAGGACCCUGGUGCUGCAAAUACUGUUAUAGCGCCACGAACUGGUGACUGGAUAUGAAGAGUCUAAAUCAAACCUUACAGAAAUGUUACUAUGAGUCCUGAACAGAUUCAGACCCUUCAGAUACACACUCUCUGCAGUUCUUCUACACCGCUGUCACACCAGAAAUAAAUAUCACUGCUGUUGGUCUGCUGGAUGGAGAACAGUUUGUGUACUACAACAGUAGCAUCAAGAAGAUGAUCUAUAAGACAGAGUGGAUAAAGAUCACUGCUGAUGAUAAAGAUUACUGGAACAGACAAACAGAACAUCAUCGGUAUCAACUCCAAAACACUGUGGAUACAGUGAUGAAAAGCUUGAAUCAAACUGAAGGUGAUCAUACACUCCAGUGGAUGUUUGGCUGUGGGCUUGAUAACGGCACUGUUAGAGGAUACAGUCAGUACCGUUAUGAUGGAGAAGAUUUCAUCAGUCUGUAUCUGAACUGGUGCCAGGAACUUGGAUGCCGAACCUGGACUGCAGCUAAUGAGAAAGCAGAGAUCUUUAUAAACAAGUGGGAUCCUAAAGGAGAAAAGGCUAGAUACUGGAUGGACUACCUGCAAUUCAACUGUAUUGAUCAGUUACAGAAGUUUGUGAAUCACAGCAGAGAGACUCUAGAGAGGAAAGUUCAUUCUGAGAUGUCAGUGUUCCAGAAACACUCGCCUUCUCCAGAGGUGAUGUGUCACGCUACAGGUUUCUUCCCCAAAGCAGUGAUGAUCUCCUGGAGGAAGGACGGAGAGGACGUGCAUGAUAACGUAGAGCACAGAGUGUCAUUAAUAAACCAGGAUGGAAGCUUCCAAAAGAGAAGCUUUCUGAAUGUCUCAGCUGAGGAUCUGCAGAAACACAACUACACCUGUGUGAUUCAGCACAGUAGCUUGGAGAAGGAGUUAGUGCUGAAUGUGAACAAGCAAUCAAACACAAACGGUUCGGGAUCAGAUGGAGGAUCAGAUGAAGGAUCAGGUGGAGGAUCAGGUAGAGGGAAUAUUGGUAUCAUUGUUGCUGCAGUCGUCACUCUCCUUGUUCUCGUUGCUGUUGUUGGAGUGUUCAUCUGGAAGAAGAGAAGUUCUGGUGCAGAAAAUCCCCAUGAAGUUCAACAGAAUGGAACUGAGAUGCAUCCCUUAAAUACUCCACACAGUGACGUUAAGUCCAAACCAGGAAGUAAACCUCCACACUGAAGAGUGAUUUCCUGUCCAGGUCUUCCUCUACUGAAGCUUCUAUUCAGGAUGUGAAGAGUGAAUACAGACAUCUUUCAUAUGGGUUUAACUCCGACUCGAGUGUAAUGCUUAUUUUCAGUCUUUAUCAGAACCUAUGGACUUUAUCAGGAGGAGGGGAUUUAUUACUGUUGAUAAAAGUACAAGCUUAAAGACAAAGAAAGAGAAAGAACAGAAGUGUAAGGGCAGCAGCUGAGUCACUACCACAGCUUUAUUUUUUAAAUGAAACUACUGAUUGUACAGUGCAGAGGAAGGAGUUCAGAGAAUCCCUGCAACAGUCAGUAAAUGUACAGUAAACAUGCUGUACUCCAUAUUAGUCAGAGACUAAAUCAGAUGAUGUGUUUUGUGAAGGACUGGAGGCCUAGGAAGGUUUUUUAACACACAUUUAUUAUUAGAUUUUCUUCAAGCCAACAUCCAGAUCCAUGUAAUGUUUCUUCUGUGUUUGGGUUUGUUUAUUUUUGGGGUUUAAUUUAGAGUCCAGUGGGUUUUAAUGUGGUGUUACAUCAAUUAGAAGAAUCUUAACAAAAACAACAAAGAUUGCUAAUAAAACUGGACACAUUUUCACAAAUCCUUCAGUAACUGAAGUCAGCAGCUACUCUUAGACAUAUGAUGAGCUUCUUAAAGGAGAUUUCUGUUCUUUCUCAGUGUGGAAAACAUGACCUACAGGUACAGAGGAAUAAUACAGUAAUUACUGUAAUAAUCUGUAUUAAUUUUGUUUAUACUCACAGUUGUGAGUGAUUUUUUUUUUGGCAGUGUUUUCCUCAAUGAAGGAUAUUUUGAUACCUUUUUGUAAUUUCUUGUCUUUUAAGCUUUUGAGAUUAUGUACCAUAUGUAGCAUUUUUAGCAAAGUUAUUUUUAUUGCUUUUUAUCAUGGAUUAUUUAAUGCCUUUUUUAACUGUUUGAAAUGUGAUGUGUUUACUGAAACUAAAUGCAAUAUGAGUCACUUUGCACUUUUGUAAACUUAAAUGUAUCAAGAAUGAUAUAUUUAUGUAUUGCUACAUAGGACAUAUUUUAUAACAAUGUGUGUGUGCAAAAGUGUGUACGUUUGAGAGCAAAAGUAUUAAAAUACCCGGUAACUUGAAACAUUGGUACAAUUAGAGGGUGUUUUUUCUUAGAGGAAAGAGCUAUCUGUGAUUGACAGGAAACAGAGGUUAGCCCCUCCCACCCUGACAGCACAGACAAUACUGCUCCAAACUCAAAUUGUUUUAUUUUUUUAAGCUCACAAACUCAAACCUGGGACACACACUUUUGUACUCAACUGGAAAUAUAAAUCACCUACCUUCAAGCUGUUUACUUACCAAGUAUGUAUGUUUUUUAUUUAAUAUAUAUUUUUGGUAAAUUUCCUGAUGAACUUGAAAAUAAAAAUUACACUACACUUUU